CUGCAAUCACUCAGCGAAUUUUUGUGAUAGUCAAGCAUUAUAAAAACGAAACCAAGCCGGCAUCUCAUCAGUCGGUUUUUGUCGUCCAAUCACCAAGAUGGGUCGCAAUACUGUAGGACUGUGCGUGUUAGCACUUUUCGCUUCGGCGAAUGCGUUUUACCCCCUGAUUCCGGAGGGUAAAGAACUGAUCUAUCACUACCAUGGUCUCAUUCGUGCCGGCAGUCAUUUGCCAACUUCCUACGCCUCCGCAUUCAUCCUGGAUGGUAAUCUGCACUUGCAAACAGACAAGAACUCUUCCUUUGUCCGUUUCUCUGACCUGAAGUACAAAUUGUACAAUGGGCAGUACGACGAAUGGCAUGAGUACGACACCAAAGAGAUUGACCUGCCGAAGGAACUCGAAGUCUUUGAGCAUCCUUUCAAAGUCGUCUAUGAACCAUGCGGUCACGCCUGGGGCAUCGCAGUCGAAGCCGAUGAACCUCAAUACUCUGUCAAUGUGAAGCGUGGUAUUGCUUCCAUCUUGCAGAUGUACACUGAGAAGAUCGACUGGACCAAGACUACGCCCUAUGCGUUCCACACUAAGGAACAUACCUUGUAUGGCAAGGGACCUUACUACUACACUGUCUUCCCGGGCAGCGAUGAGUGGACCGUUAAGAAAAUGGCCGAGCCCCACAGCAACCACCAUUUGUAUGCUCACUUGAAUACCGGAAGCAAAAUGGGUAAAUGUGAUGUUAAAUACGACGAACCUCUGACCCGCGAUAGCAACCAAGCUUACACCAUCAUCAAGAAAGACGAUGCUUACCUUAUGGAACGUAUGGAGUCCAAUUCUGGAAUUUUCUACACUCCCUAUGGCGGCGAAGGUUACGCUUUCCACAUCUACAUGAACCAAACCAUGACUUUGAACAAGAUUGAAGCAGCUUCCGCUCCAAUGACAGUUAAGUCUGAGAAGUUCUACAAUGGUCUUACCUAUUACACCGCUGAUUUCAACACCAUGCAAGGUAUUGCUGAUAUCUUCAAUGGAAGGCGCACCUACGAUAUGGACAAGAUGCUUGUUGAACUUGAGACUAUGCUCUAUGACACCAUGAAGUACAUGCAUGAAUACCAUUUGGAUAUGAAGGACCCCGACUGGGCCCGCGGUCAACUUGUUAACCGUAUGCUCUUCCUCUUGUAUCAGUUGGACCAGGCUCAUCUGGAAUCCAUGGCCGAUAAACUUAUGCAGAAGACCAGCGAAGAAGACAAAGAGGCUCUUCACGUUUACUAUCACAUGUUGCCUCUGAUCGGCAGCCAUGCUUCCUACAUGUACAUGAUGAAACGCAUGAAGACCAAGAAGAUCAAGGAUAAGCUUGCUUUGGAGUGGCUGCAGAACAUGCCCUUCCAUGUUAAGGAACCCAACAAGAUGCUGCUCGAUCACAUGAGUGAGAUGCUUAACUGGGGUGAAGAUAUUUCUAUGGAUGUUCGCAAGAGCGCCAUCUUGGCUUUUGGUACUUUCGUUGAGAAGGCCAUGUUCCGUCAUAACAAAUUGAACCAUAUCAACAAUUGGACCGGUCAUGAGGGUCACGACAAUGAAGACAACUUCACUCCCGACUAUGAAUUGGAUGCUGUCUUCCCCGGAGCUAAAUACUACGAGAAAUACGUCACCAUGUUGGGCGAGAAGAUGAAGACCACCAAGGAUCUUGGUAUGCGCACUGCUUACAUCAGCGCUCUGUACAAUACCCGUAUGGAGAAGGCCAUCCACUACUUAUGGCCAAUUGCUCGUGGAGAACUCUUCGAUGACCAUUACCUUCGCUUGUUGGCUGUCAAGAGCAUGGGUGACCUUGUCAGUCACAACGAGGAACUGGUUUAUGAAAUCUUCUGGCCUAUUAUGAGUGAUUACAAACUGAACACCAACCUGCGUAUCGCUGCUUACUACCAAAUCAUGAAGACCCACCCAUCCGGUCCCCGCAUGGCCAAUCUUCUCUGGCAAAUGAUUAACGAAGAGAACUACGCUUUCUAUCAAUUCCACUACAGUUUCCUGGAAGCCAUGUCCCGCACCACUGAUCCUUGCAUGGACGAUUUCAAGACAAUUGUUAAACAAAUUUUAAUGUACACCCAGAAAGCUGAAUACUACGGCAUGACCGGAUACUAUGAGUUUGACUACAUGGACACCAAGUAUGAGUUUGGACACCAAUUUUCUGCUAUGCUUGUGAAAGCUCCAGGCGAGUCUGAAACCACUCUUAAGAUUAACAUGGCUCACACCGCUGAAAAUGCCAAAUUCCCAUUGUAUGGAUUCUUGAUCCACGUUGAUGGUAUGGAGGCUUCCGUCUUUGAAGAUGUUAUGCUCUACAUGAAGGAUAUGUCCAAAAUGAUGAACUUUGAAAAGGUCUGGAAGGCGUAUAAUAAUAUCUACAACAACAAGGAAAUUCGCAUUGACAUUGGCGUCACCAUGUAUGGUCAGGCUAUUAUGAACUGCCAUUUUGAUGCUACAAACAUCAAGGAGUUAAGCAAUUUCAUUGACUUCUUCAUUGCCGAUCAGUACGACUACGUGAAGAAGUACUUCAGCAUUACCUAUCCCAUGCAGACCAACGUCAUCAUGCCGACAGAAAUGGGUUUCCCUGCUUUGUUCAAAAUCCUUAUUCCUCAAGUUUACCUCUUUGACAUUAAGCUUAAAAAGAAUUCUCUUAACAAUAUGAUUAUCUGGCAGUAUGAUACUCAUAUCAAGGAGUGGACACAUGGACGCAUUGGACUGAGCUUCUACAAUCCUUUCAUUGAUAUGUAUCAGGGAGUCCAAAGAAUUAUUACCUUUGACUGGGUACAACCAUUGUACUUUGACUUGAGUUUCAACCCAUCCCAACAGACAUUGAAACUGUCAUGGAAGAGGCACGACGACCCCAAGAAGGAUACCUACGGUAUGAGAACCUUUGCUGCUACUUACACUUUCAUGAGAGACGACUUAAACCAAGGACUUUUGCAAAAAUCGAACCCCGAGCUGAAGAACUGGGAAAUGGUUACCUUUGGCGAUGAAUACAGAAACACUCGUGUUCUCUACGAAGACGAUUGUUCCAACACUGGUUAUCACACCAUGAUUCACAAGUUUGAUAGUGACGUAUAUGCUAGCAACAUGUCUAUCUUCAAGUCCUAUAACCAUUUGCACUACUCUCAGAACUACCACACUUACUUUGGUCAUUGGUUCUUGACUCGCUUCCACGCUCUUAUGAACGCAUUUGAGCAACCCCAUCCUUAUGUUAACGGUAUCUUGGUUCGCUCCGAAGUUAGCAAGCAGUACCCUGUCACCAACAUCGACAUGAACAUUCGCUUCAACCGCGAAUACCAACGCGGCAAUAUGAUGCUUUAUCCAGCUACCUUGUGGAAUCUUCGUGGAACUUACUCAAUUAAGAACAAGGAAACCACCAUAAAGACCUGGGACGCUAACCUUAUUGUGAAUUCUAACAUGGGUCACACUACUACCACUGUCAAGGGCCUCUUCGGCCUAAUUAUCCCUGGCAAAGAAGACUCGAGGAUCUGCCUUACCGGUAGUAGGAAAUACACUGUUGAUGGAAUUGAAGGUGAAGCCGCCAUUGGAACGGUGAAUGAACCCAAAUGCACUAACAUGAAAAAUAUUAUGGAAAUUAAGGUGGUUGGUGAGCAACUUCCGGAACAAAUGGACAACAAGCACAUUUAUGGAGAAUGUCAAGAAUACCUGUGGUCUGACCUUCACGAUAUGAAUUCUCUUGACUGCUACAUGGCCAGAGAUACCCUACGUAAGUGGACUUAUGACUUCAAGACUUUCGAUAUGCCCGCCAAAAUGCAAAAGUACGUCCGUGGAUACUACGAUUGGUUGAAACUAAGCUUAGUGAAGUACCUUACCAAGUACGAUGAAGCCUCCAUGGAUAUGAAGAAGGGUGAGUGGAAGAUUGUCCAUGAAUAUCCCUUGGUGGGUGACAAAGUUGACUUGCACGUGUACACUCCUGACAACGACUACCAAUUCAGCGGUAUCCCAUCCUGGAAGUACCCAUAUUACAGAUAUCACAUGAUGUCCACCAAACAUUUCUCGCCUAUGUUCAAAAUUAUGCACACUAUGGGCUGGACCCAUGUCUGCGAAAUCCACCAAGACCUAAUCUACAACUCUACUUUGGAACCGGAAGAGUUCAUGAUGCCCGAAGACUGGACAAUGUAUUUAGGAGACGCUGAGACUGGUGCCAAGCACGGCAUCUGGAUGAAGAACCUCAAGGGUGAUGAUGUGGCUAUGAAGAUGAUGCACGGUGAACACAGCUUGGAAAUUAUGCCUACUGGUCAUAUGACCUACGAUAUCAUGGUUGAUGGUAAUAAGCUUCCGGAACAUACCUACCAGUACGAAAAGGAGUGGUUCUGGAUGGACUUGGUUAAGGAGACUGGCGUAUUCAGCAUCUUCUGCAUGCAUACAGGCGCCCAUAUUGUCUUCGAUGGCCACCAUCUGUUCCAUGAGCGUCCUAAUAUGGAAAUGCCAAUGUAUGGCAGGUGCGCUUAAGUCAAAUGCAAUUCUCAUCAAGAAUCAACACUCUAUCAAUCAACAACUUGUUAUAUAUGAAUUAAAUUAAGACCAUUAAAUUAAUAAAUAAUUACAACAGCAAA